GUUUUGGCCAAGGAUUUAGGAACUAAGAACUCUAUCGUUGGCCCCUUUGAAAUGGCAGCAGCUUCGACUUCUCUUUCUCACACUUUCUACACAUUUCGUUUCCCUUCUAUACACCCAAGAACCUUGAUUCAACCCUUUCCUCAAUGCACCCAUCACGAUUUCUCCACCAACAAGAGCACUAAAUUUGCUGUAUCAAGAUGGAAUCCAGUAAUAACCAACCAUAGCAGACGUUCAUUGUCCAAAACCUAUCUCUCAUUUCAAGACUCUGCUCCUGAAAUGAGUGAUGACGAGGAUAGCCCCAGUGAGUCGGAAAUGUCAAAAGAUGAAGCAGAUGAGAAAUAUUCAUCUAGUUUGAAGUCCCUCAUGCAAGUUUACAAGGAGGCCAUCUUAGUUGGAGAUGUAAAGCUUGAAUCUGAAAUUGAGGUGGUCAUAUCCUCAGUCAAAAAGGAGAGAAAUGAUUUGGCUCAAAAAGUAUCUGCUUUAUCAGCAGAUAUCAAUUCUGGAAAGGAAAAAUAUGUCCGUUUGCAAGCAGAUUUUGAUAAUUAUAGGAAAAGAUCUGAGAAGGAGAAACUAACAAUCAGGACCAAUGCUCAAGGGGAAAUAAUUGAAAGCCUCUUGCCCAUGGUUGAUAACUUUGAGAGAGCUAAGCGACAGAUCAAACUAGAAACUGAGAUGGAAAAGAAAAUUGAUGCAAGUUACCAGGGAAUAUACAAACAAUUCGUGGAGAUAAUGAGGAGCUUGCGCGUCGCUGCUGUUCCAACUGUUGGCAAGCCAUUUGAUCCCGCGCUACACGAGGCUAUUGCUCGUGAGGAAUCUCAGGAAUUUAGCGACGGAAUUGUAAUUGAAGAAUUUCGGCGUGGGUUUUUACUUGGAGACCGCCUUAUAAGGCCAGCAAUGGUUAAGGUUUCAUCAGGACCUGGUAAAAGGGUUCCCUCUUCAGUUACACAGAAAUCCCCAGCAGCAACUGUUGGAGUUGAUGAAAGCUAGUUCAAUUUCACAGGGAUACUUUCAAUUCUUUGAAGAGCGAAGAUUACUUCGAAUCGUAUAAAUGGAUUUGAAUUCUUAUCAGUCUUGGCAAUCCUCGGCGAUAGUGUACAAUCAUUUAUGCCUUACUUUUUUUUUUUUUUUUUGCAUGAUGAGAAUUAUGGGGAAUACUUCCUUUGAAUGUUAAGAGAUUCAAUCCAGUUGUUGAAGGGAAAAUAUGCUUGUUUUGCUGUUGGUCUAAAUGCUUGUGGACUAUCUUUUGCAUUAGUAUGAAAAACCAUUUUCCUUAA